AUGGGAGGCGAGGAGGAGGAGGAUGAGGAUGCGGAAGAGGCGGAAGAAGCGGAAGAGGAGGAGGAGGAAGAAGAAGAGCCGCAAGUUCGUGGGAAUCAACUGCGAAGGGGGAACCCAGGCAUGCAAAAAAAAAAAGGGGAGGUGCUUCCUACGGUACCGGUGGUGCCGGUGUGCCGGAGACAAGGGACGUCGAUUCGCAGCUUGUACGAAUUGAUGGUGUCCGAAUACAUCCGCGGCGGACACCUUUCCUCAAGCGACACAUGGCGCCCUACCGCAGUAGCUGAGUACCCAGAUGUCUCCUCCUCCUCCUCAACCACCAAAAAGCCUCCAGAGUCCAGUGAAUGCUGCAAGCCGGGACUCUCGCAUGUGCCAGACAUUGCAUACCCAUCCGUCUCAAGCGCCCACCCGCCACAUGGCAUCGAUUCGGCCGGAAUGUGGCCAUCCAUCACCCUUGCGCUCCAGAGUCCAUGUCCGGUUCCGAGUCCGCCCCUGCGCCUCGGACGACAGCAGUCGUCUCUGGAGUCUGCCACCCUCCCCCGGACCCGUCGCGAAUCCCCCGACCCAAACGAACUCACUGGUCUCGGUGAAGCAGCUGAGUUGCAGCCUCGCCGAGUCAUCACUAUGUGCACACCCAUCACAUUCCCAGGCUUGCACUGUCCAGUCAAGUUCAAGUUCGACAGCAGGUUUCUCACCGUUACUCUAGAUACUCUACUCUGCCAUCCCCCGGCCCCUCUCCGGCCCCCAAUGCGGAGAGAAUAACGAGCAACUGGCAACUGGCAACUUGCGACGGGCAACGGGCAACGGGGGACGUACAUAUCUCGUACAUAUCUCCACCCAUCUCCCACCUCUGUUCCUUGCAUGCAUGGCACACAAGCACGGCAUACGCAACAGAUUGAUUGACCACGACUCCACGAGUUUGGGAGGAUACCUACCGUACACAAGUGGUUGGUUGGCGGAGUUUUUCGGUUAUAUACGCACGAGCCCAUC